AUGGUACAGUUUGACGAAUAUGAACUUCUGAUCAUUACUGGAUAUCUGAAAAGCGCGAGCGAUUUCAUCACUUUUAUGCAAGUGAACUUUAAAGCGCAGAGCGUGUUAAAGAUGUUCCGAACGAACCCGAUUGCAGUGAAGUCGAAAACACUAUUUCCUUUAAUUAGAAUCCAAAACUUAUUUUCGAAUGAUGAUAUUCGAAUUGACGGUUUGAAGUACAAAAUAUGUUUUAAGAUGUCGUACGACCAAUUCACACGAUUGGAAGGGAAAUACGACUACCAGACGAAUGCAAUAGAUUUACCACAAAACAUUACUCUCAAUGAAAUACCCGACUGCAUUAACUCUAUUGGUAAAGAGACCUUUUCACAUACUUCAUUUUUAACUUCUAUUGUCAUAUCAACAUCAGUGACUUCAAUUGAGUCGUUUGCAUUUACCGAGUGUCCAAAACUGUCAUCUUUAAUAUUGCCAAAUACACCAAUUUUAUUCAUGAAAGAUUGUUUCCACAAUUUGGUGUCGUUGACAUCUUGCUCAUUUCCAGAUAAAAGUUUCCAAAUUCCAUGUCGAAUCUUUUCGAAAGAAAAUAACUUGAGUGCUUUGACUCUUCCAGCUACUCUUCGAGUUGCUCCUUCAUUCUAUGAACAUUUGUCUCAUUUGACUUCUCUUCGACUGAAAGGGAAGAGUCCAAUUAAUGCGAUCAUCCCGUUCAGAUUUGCAAAUGAACUGGAGGCGCCUAUCGAGAAGCAACAACUCAUUUUGACCCGGGAAGACUUCUGCCAAUGUUUUCAAAAUGUUCAAGAAUUUUUGGUACCGGAACAAGUCGUCCAUAUCACACGAAACUGUUUUGAGGGAUACACGACGAUGACCGCAAUAACAUUUUCAAAGACUGUAUCCUGUAUUGGGAAGAAGGCGUUUGCGGGAUGCGCGGGGUUGAAAGAACUCACAUUCCCCGAGAGUGUUUCUCGGAUCCACAAGUUUGCAUUUGAUAAUUGUUUCCGACUGAGAAAAUUGGUGUUUGAGGGCGAAUUCCCACAAGCAAAGGCAAAGUGUUUUAGAGGAUGUAAGUCGAUCAAAGAAGUUGUUAUACAAGGAAAUCGAUUUGUGAAUAAAGUCCCGUUCUUCUUAGCUCGAAAAGUUGUGAAGAACCCUAAGAUGCACUCGGUGUUUAGAAGAGACGACUUUAAUCAAAUAUAUAACAAUAAGAUGAAACGACUUGAAAUUGUGUGCGAUGGGAUCUUGUCACUCGGAGAAGAAGCUUUGAAAGAGUGUAACUUGGAAGAAGUUGUGUUAGAUGACACUAUCAAAGGGAUCCCUUCAAGGUUCUUUAAAGAUUCUAAAAGCUUGGUACACGUCACUUUACCAACUUCAUUGAAAUGCAUUGAAGCAGAGGCAUUUGCCGGAUGCGAAAGUUUGGAAAGCAUCAAUAUACCUAUUUUAACAAGACAGUUCGGAAGAGCGUGUUUUGAAAAUUGUAAAGCACUCGGGGAAAUUCUUUAUAAGGGAAAGCCAAUGAAGGUGGACAAGAAUUGGUUUAAAGGAUGCGAUUGUCUCACGAAAAACCAACUCAUCAAGUUUAAAUUCAAAACAAAACUUCAAGGAAAACAAUUCCACGAAUUUUAA